CCUGGCUGUCGCAUCACUGAGCGGGGAGGGGCCCCGGUUCCCACUAUUGGCUGGUAGGCUACUGUAUUACCGACAGCUUUACGGUAGGGCCACGGCCAGAGCGCGUGAGCGGUGGUCUUUUCAUCUCCCUGAAGAAGCGCAGUAUCUGCUGGCGUUCAACAUGAUUUUAAGGCGACUCUAGCAGCUGUUUUUCCCACACUCUUUCUUCAUCACACAACCUCUGAACCGUGUUUGAAUUAAAAAGAGAUGCACGCAGAUAAACGCGGAUACAUUGUCCGGACACCGUGAGAGGAGAGGAGCAUGUAACCGGGAGAAACACACCGGCGGCGGCGGCGGCGGCGGAGGCACCACCUGACACUUCUCUCUCUCGCGCUCCUUGUUUCCUAGUAAUUUGAGGCUUCUCGAUGUGUUGACUGGACUCUCCUGGUUGUUUGGGAUAUUAUCUUCAGCAAAAUGAGCGAAGAAGUGUCAGAGGUCCCCAAAGAGCUCCUGGAGAGUGUGAGGGAUGCAGUGGGGAGGAAGGUGAAGCUGUCGCUGAGGAGGAGAGUCAAACUGGAGAUCAAAGGAGACAAGACGGAGAACAGAGUCUUGGCCCUUGCGUCUCACCGAGCCUACCUCUUGACUGCACGCAUUCCUGCCAAGGUGGAACACUCCUUUAAUUAUCUGGAGAUCCAGGGGAUUGCUUGCAACAAGCCUACACAGCUGUUCAUAGAGUACGAGCGUGGCUCCUUCUCCCUGAAGCUGCUCUCUACAGAGGAGGUCAAUGAGGUGGUUGCUCACAUAGGAAACUGUCUGCUGAGGAUAUGUCCCGGUUUACCACCCAGUAAAGUGAUGAAGAAGCUCAGCAUGGAGCCUCCAGACAGGCUGACCUCUCUGCAGACUCUGUGGGAGAACAACAAGCCUGCGGAGCCUGGACCUUGUGGCGGGUUUUCUCAGAUGUACAGAUGUGUUUGUGACUGGUUGGGGCUGCCUUACAAAGAAGAGGUGCAGUGGGAUGUGGACACCAUCUAUUUAACACAAGACACCAGAGAACUCAACCUGCAGGACUUCAGCCAUCUGGAGAACAGGGAUCUGGUGGCCAUAAUAGCAGUGCUGGAGUUUAACCAGUGGUUCACCAAGCUCUCCACCAAGGACUACAAACUGUCUGCAGAUGUGUGUGAGCAGAUCCUUCGGGUGGUGUCUCGCUCCAGUCGACUGGAAGAGUUGGUUCUGGACAACGCGGGACUCAAAACUGAUUUUGCCCAGAAGCUAGCUGCUGCCCUGGCCCAUAACCCCAGCUCAGGACUCACCACCAUUAAUCUUGCCAACAACCCACUGGAGGACAGAGGUAUCUCCUCCCUGGGUGCUCAAUUUGCCAAACUUCGUAUGGGGCUCAAGCAUUUAAACUUCUCCAAAACCUCACUAUCACCCAAAGGGGUGAACAGCCUUUGCCAGUCACUGAGUGCCAACCCGUCCAUCCCCAGCAGCCUGGUCCACCUGGACCUCUCAGGGAAUGUCCUCCGAGGAGACGACAUGCAGCAUUUCUACCACUUCUUGGGUCAACCUAACAGCCUGGCAACCCUUGACCUCUCCAACACUGACUGCUCAUUGGACCAGGUUUGCUCAGCUCUGUUGCGAGGCUCAGCCCAACACCUCUCUGUUCUUAACGUGUCAAAGAGCGUCUUCCCUCACAGGAAAGGCAAAGAGGUGCCUCCAUCAUUUAAGCACUUCUUCAGCAGCGCCAUGUCUCUCAGCUCCAUCAACGUGUCAGGAACCAAGCUGCCGCCAGAGGCCCUCAAAGCUCUUUUGCUCGGCCUGGCCAGUAACCUCAAUCUGAAAGACGUGUCUCUGGACCUGAGUUGCUGCGAGUUGCGGUCAGGAGGUUCUCAGAUCCUUGAAGGUUGUAUUGCAGAGAUCCCAAACAUCUCCAGCCUAGACAUCUCUGACAACGGUCUGGACUCGGACCUGUCCACUCUGCUGGUGUGGUUGGCCAAGAACCGAUCCAUCAGACACCUGUCUCUGGGCAAGAACUUCAACAACAUCAAGUCCAAAAACCUUGCUCCAGUGUUGGACAGCCUGGUCCAUAUGAUUCAGGAAGAGGAGUCGCCCCUCACCUCUCUGUCUCUAGCAGACUCCAGGCUGAAGAGCGAUCUCACCAUCGUUCUGAAUGCUCUCGGCAGCAACUCCUCGCUCACCAGGUUAGACAUCAGCGGGAACGCCAUGGGGGACAUGGGAGCCAAGAUGUUGGCGAAGGCUCUACAGAUCAACUCCAAACUCAGGACUGUGAUCUGGGAUAAGAACAACACCAGCCCUCAGGGUCUUCAGGAUGUAGCAGCAGCUCUGGAGAAGAACUUCACCAUUCGUUUUAUGCCCAUCCCCAUCAUCGAUGCUUCCCAGGCUCUGAAGGCCAGCCCUGAGAAAACAGAGGAUGCCUUGCUGAAGAUUGAGAAUUAUCUCUACAGGAACCAUGAAACCAGAAAAUACCUACAGGAGCAGGCCUAUCGACUGCAGCAGGGCAUCGUGACCACAACCACACAACAGAUGAUUGACAGGAUUUGUGUGAAGGUGCAGGACCACCUGAACUCUCUGAGAAACUCCGAGACAGACGCCAUCUUGGAGGACGUCAGGUCAGCAGAGAGCCUCAUCAAAGAUGCCAGGAACUCUAAAACGCUGCUCCCUCACCUCUACCACUUAGGAUCAGCUGCCAGAGAGGAGGUGAACAGCUCAUCAGCGGGACCCAUCCAGGAGAAACUGGAGUCUAUGGCUGGAGAGGUGACUAAUGUCAUGGACCAGCAGCUACAGACUCUGUUGGAGUCGAUGAUGGACGUAGCAGAGUCUCUGUGUCCCCAUGUGAUGAAGAGGAGCAGUCUUCGUCCAGAGCUGAUGAAGGCCAGCUCAACCAAGAUGGUUGUACCCAAAAGCUUUGUCACCAAAACCCUCCUGGAGCAGUCUGGGGUGGAUAUUAUCAACAAGAUCAGUGAGGUGAAGCUGAGUUUGGCAUCUUUCCUGUCCGAUCGCAUUGUUGAUGAGAUUUUGGAGGCUCUUUCCACUUCCCAACUCACUCUGGCGGACCAUCUGGUGAGGCGAGGUCGCCCCUUGAUGCAGCAGGAGUCGGUGGAUCUUGACGUCCCAGAGGAGAAGAUUCCCAAGCGGGCAUCGACAGAGAUACUGGAGGCUGAGAGGCUGGAGGAUCUGGAGACAUGCAUGAUGACUCCUAAAUCCAAAAGGAAGAGCAUCCACAGCAGAAUGCUGCGGCCAGUGUCUCGUGCCUUUGAGAUGGAGUUUGACCUGGACAAGGCCCUGGAGGACGUCCCUAUCCAUGUGGAGGACACUUCAACUUCAUCCCAAACUCCACCUACUCCAUCUCAGGUCCUGCCAAGACUGGAGCACCGUCCUCCAGGAGCGAUAGUGGAGCUGCCAUCUGAGGAGGAAAAGAAGCUGCAGCACUUCACCAAACUGCGACCCCGCCGGAACAAGAAAACACAUUCCAGCAAAAUUCCUCAAAUCAACAGUACUCCAUCUCAGGAUGGGGAGCAGAACGGCCUCAUGGGAAGGGUGGAUGAAGGUGUGGACGAGUUUUUCUCUACAAAAGUCACCAAGAUGGAUUCCAAACGUUCCAAGGGUUCUGAAUCUCAGGAUGGAGAGAAGAAGAAGAAAGGUGGAUUCCUCAACCUCAUCAAACGUUCCUCCAAAUCCGACAAAUCAGACAAAUCUGAUAAAUCGGACAAAUCAGAUAAGUCAGAGAAAAACCAGGCGACCCCUCCAGCCUCAGCCUCUGUAGCUUCGACACCAGCUUCCAUCCCUGAGGAGCCCUCCUCUCCAAAGGUGGCACUAAAGAGCCCAGCACCUGAGCCAAAGUCCAGAGACGCCUCCACCCGCUCGCAGCCCACAGACUGCAGCAGCAGCUCAGACCGCUCAGAGGAGCUGAGGACGCCAGACUCCAUAGACGAGCCCUGGGAGUGUUCAGACGGCAGGGGCAGUCCUCAAGGAGGCAGGCGGUACCCGGGGUUGCAGAUGAUGGGCAGUGGCCUCCUGGCAGAGAUGAAGGCCAAGCAGGAGAGGAGAGCACACAAGUCUUCCAGCCCUGACAGGCCUGACAGCAAUGCAACAGCAGCCAAGCCCCAGCCCAUCAUCUCAGAGAGCAGGUCUCCCGGUGGCUCGAUGAAUAAAUCAGAACCUCCAACUGGUUCUCCAGAGAAGACACCUCUUCGUGGCGACACCAAACCCGACCCAGCGCCUCGCAUCAGGGCUACCUCCUCCUCAAGUCCCCCUGGGGGACCGAUAAGUCCUAAACCACCGGUGCCACAGGGAGCAAAGCCAGCUCUGGCUGCCCGGCCCACCAUUCCACUGAAGCCGAGGACCAGCAGUACCAGCAGGAGCAUAGAUGAGAGCUCAGACUCUCCCAGCAGUGGAGGUCUGUCUCCUAAGGUCACAGUUCUUCCUCCCACGCUGAAGAGGACAAUGUCAGAGAAAGACAAAGAGGGCCAGACUGGAGGCUCAGCCAUCAAAACCACUCAGGAUGUGAGGGCGGGGUCUGUGUCAGACUCCGUUCAGCGACCCAGCACUCUUCGUGCCAACUCUGAGGAUCACGGCUCCUUCAAGUCCAAGGACCAAUCUCUAAACCCAGACAAAGACAGGGCAGCAGGCAAGAAGUCCUCAGACUCUGGGGAGGAGGCAGACAAAGACUUUAUUUUAAUUUGAGUAAGACAAAUUUACAAUUAAAAAAGCCUCAAGCGUUUUCCUUUAGAAAAGCAACUAAGGGAGAAUCUAAUCGACAUGCUUUCAUUUAUAUUCAAGGUUGUACCUGUAGGUCCUGUCUGACCGCAAAGUACAAAUCAUGUUUGGUUUGCAGGAAGCAGGAAGCCCUGCUGUAGUAUCAGGUAAUACACACUUUCAAAUUAAAUUUAGUUUGGUUAUCUAUGAUUAAACCAUUGAUAUUGACACUUUUGGGGGGAAUAUCCUCAGUAAACUUCUCAGUCACAUCAUGUCACCUAGUAAACCAAACUGUGCAAAAUUCUCCUAAGAGCUUCCUUCUCACAAACAGCCUUUUCUCCUUUUGUCCUGCCCUCUGCUGUCAGGUGAAAAUCUCACAUCUCUAAAAGAAGAAACUUUUCAGGAUUUGAGAAAAUGGUUCCCAGGGUGAACGAGCGAAUACAGCCAAUGAAACCUGAAUGAAGUUUGUAAACUACUAAGAAAAAAAAGAUGCUUUCAGGAACCUGCAGAUUUUGUGUGCGAAGGACAGAUAGAGACUGUGAAACUACAUCAAAAAUCUCUUCCUUUGACUAAUAAUCUUAACGUCUCAUUGCUAUUUGUUGCAGUAGCUCGUCUCCCAGGGACCAAACACAUGUAACAAUAAUACCAGGAUCACUGUACUGUACUUGAACUCAAACAAUACGAUCCGACCAGGACCCAAUGGCAUUUUCUUCCUUCGGUAUAUUUGUAUAGAUUUUUCUAUAUGCUAUUUUCUGCAAGUUACUGAAUUCAUUAUGCAAUUCAUCUUCUUUUUAUUUUUCAGGAAUAUACAGGUCCAGCUGAGAAUCUCAGCCCACCAUAAACCACAAACACACACAUUAGAUGUAGCUCUCCUGAUAGUAGAUACUACAGGUCACACAGAGGAGACAACUGGAGUUUUUACUAAUAGCUAUAGACUUUAUCUAACAUCCCAACUGAGCUCAUGUUUGUCCCUGUGUGAGAGAGUUGGAGUGACCAUAUGAAGUGUUGCUUUGAGAGGACUGUGGUACACUUUAACUUCACUGAUAACUAAUCAAUAAGGCUUCAGCACUGUUAACUAACACUGUUCUCUGUGUUUAGACACUGUGGAAAAAAUAUCUUAUUAUAGCCUACCUUUAAACUGCGGAUGCCUUUGUUCCGCUGUUCAUGGAGGAAAGUGUCUGUCAUUAAGUAGCAAUACAGAGCACCAUUACAAACCAUGACAAAAAAAACGGCUUUAUUCCUAGCUGGUACUAUUAAGCAUUAAAUAAAACUGUGUGGUGCGUAAGUGUUCAUCACUGUCCUACACACUCCGAAUUGCUCUUAAAGACAGAUGGAUUCUUACCUCCUGAUAACACGCCUGCAUUUAUUUCCCCGGUGUGCUGAUGGUCCAAUGAAAGCAAAGAACUUACUCAAGAAGAGGAAUGUCUUAGAUAGUCUGCUGGAAGGUAAAGUGGAAGCCACCGACGUGUGCUUCCCAUUUCAGCAGCUGUUUAGUUUCAGAUUUUGACACCAACCUCUUUGGUCUGAUCUUUGUGUGAAAGCGGGACACUGAGGGAACUCCAGCCUUCUAACACUUCAGACUUGACCUGCAGGGCUUUCAAAUUCAGUUCACUUUCUCUUCAUUCUGAGCAAAGACAAUGUUUUGAAAUUCAACCUGUAAAGGGGUUUGCCUUUGUUAAAAAAAUAAUUGAGAAUGCAGUGCCUGAAGUGAAAGUGCACUGGGGGUAGCUGUAUUUUAACCACGUGGACCUCUAGGGUAUUGUGUAUGUAGCAAUGUCAAGACCUGAAUGCUACACAACAACAACAGCAACAACAAAGGUCUCAGGCUGAUUACACUUAUCUUUGUCUUUAAAGAGCAAGAAGUGCCCUUUUCACACUGCAAACAGACGGCAAACCGAUUCUCAGAAUGACCUGGGGUCUCUUUAUAAAACAACGCAUAGGAGCCAUACUAAAAAUGUGCGUACAGACAAAAGCCUAAAAUGGUGAUAAUUUCUACAAUCAGGCUUCCACCUCACCGUCUGCAUUGCCUAUUUGGCCGUCUCCAAAAUGCUUGUUAGCAUGGGUCAAAGUUUCUCCCAUGAAGUCUGUUUUUAUAGAUCACCAUGCCUCUUUCAGGCCUCGUUUUGUGCGUACGCAAUGUUUAUAAAUGAGACCCCUGGUGUUUAAAUGAUUGACAAAGUUAAAAAUAAAAAAAGGCAGCUGAGAUUUUGGAGUAACUCAUAUAUUUAUCUUCAGUUUGUUCCCUUAGCGUUGGAUUUUAUUUGAUUUAAAACUAUGCAGUUCUACUAAUAUCCAUAUAUGCUCCGUGUAGCUACAUGAAACUAGCCUCACAUAGCCAGACCUAUCUCCACACUUUGAUUUAGUGCUGUGCAUGAAACAGAAAUACACACACUGAAACCAUUUCACUAAGUUUCAUAUUAAAAACCACAAGAAAUUAGCAGCACUGUGCACUUUCUGUUGGCAUGAACAUUAAAAUGGUUACUGGAGUGUCUCUGUAUCUGUAGAUGAGGACAGGGGCCAGGAGCAUCACUGGAUUUGCCUGCUGCAAAACAAAACCUAGCUGCAUGCUGUGCUUGCAUCCAGAAGGUUAGCUAACUUUGGUUGAUGCUUGACAAUACUGUAAGUUUUUCAAAGCCUGGCAAUUAAACACAGUUUUAAUGAUGAUUCAGCUGUUGUGAUUGGUUUAGAGAAAUACAAACAACCCAGAGUACUUUUUUCCCUUAAUUAUGAUGGGAUCAGUCAGACCUUUUUCCAGGGCUGGCACAGAGCUAAACCAAGUGUGGCCUGGCUAUGUGAGACUUCAGGAAAAUGAACCCACAUUUAAAGGAUAUAGUCCUAUACUGUCAAUGCAGAAUAUUUUUAGCUCUUAUCCAACCAACUUUGCAAUCAUAAAAAUGACAGAAAUGCUCGCAGCAUUACAAACAUCUGUGUGUGAAAUCCAACAACUGUAUCAUUAUAUCAACAUUGACCACUGUGGAGUUUUAUUUAAGUUAGACUAUCUGGUUGUCGUGUGCCAAACUGUGCUCCAACAUUCAUCUGAAAUGUGCACACGAGCUCGUUCUUUACUGCGCAGUGUGAAAGGGGCACAACUUGUAUUUUGUUGUACUGUACAAGAAUAAUUCAUGUCAGGGCCAAAGGUCUUACUGGUGCACCUUUUCCUACGGUGUCUAUCGAUGUCUUUUUGUAGGAUUCUAAUAAGAUUUUCCUUCUUUGUCACUAAUCAUGGCUCGGAAAUAACACUGUUCUUGCUGUAUAUAGUUAAUCUAGUCUCUGAUGUCAACACCUGCUUUGAUUAACAGUCCCAGUCCCAAAAAACAAAUACUAUUUUUUUUUUGGAAGGUGUUCCAUGACACUGAAAAAAAAAUACCACUACUUUGCAAUACGUUGAAAGCGUUAGCGUGUGCUGUAUUCUGUUGACAGUUUCCUGUUGCGAGGAAAUCACACGGACACCUUCUUUUGCUUUCUGUUUGGGAUUUCAGAAGCAGCUGGCUUUGUUUCUGUUAAGUUGUGUGAAAGACUGAUCUGUUCAAUCCUGAAAAAAACGAGCAUCCACUUUUAUUUCUGUCGGUGCACGGACGGAGUGGAGCAAGUGAAAAUAACCAGUAGCAUUGAGUCUACAUGUGUGUGACUGCAUGAUGUGGCUGUGAGUUGUACUGUAUGUAUAUAUGUGCUUUCAUACAUGUAGGAGUGUGUGUGUGUAUAUAUGUAUGUGUAAUAUACGCACGUGUAAUAUACACACUGUGAUACAUUCACACGCCUAUGUGAACACAGCAAAUCCUAUAUUGUUUUGGUACUAAGUACACUACUAUACUAGGGGUUUGUUUGUAACUUAUUUGGAAUAAAAAAAAAAAACAGUGGCCGGUGAUGUCUUGAACCUUUGUUUCUCCUCUCACAUGUACAUUGUGUUCAUAAAUGUAGAAAUUAAUUCUUUGUAUGUAUUAAUUUGUUAUUACAUGUAAUCAAUGUAAUGUUACUUUCAUCAUGAUUCAAAAAAAAAAAGAUGCAAAACAAUGACCAUUUUCUUUGAGCUGGAAAAACAUGUGUGCUCAUUAACAGUCCCGAUACGUUAUUUGUUCCAUUUCUUCAUGGAUCAGUAUCUUUCACUGAGUCAUUCUGCUGUUGGACAUUUCCUCAUGCAAAUAUUAACAUUGAUUAAAAAUAAUUUUACAGGCUUUAC